CGUAAACUGGCGCAAAUAUUGGUGGCCGAACAGACUCUAAAUCAUCUUGACAAUUAUUCAAUAAUAAAGGAUUAUCUCGCCUUUGCCACAGGGUGGCACAUGUCCCUUCGAAGUUCUCCCUAACUGCUAUUCUUCCAAAGUCAGGUCCAUGGUUCCCUGCUAGAUACGAUGUCUUCAGCAAGUGGUCUGCGACAACCGAAAGACACGAACAAAGGAAAAAAUGGGUUUCGCGAAAGACACAUUCCUCUCAAUGCUGCCAACCCAGACGACUUGGCCAUUAGCAGGCAUCACUUUGCUCAGUACGUUCUUGCGUCCAAGGGAUCUUAUAAUGGUCCUUCGUUGAAAGAACUCAAAGCCACUCCGAACGCAGCCCCAGUAGAGACACUAGCAAUUGUCGACGAUAAGAUAAAGGAGCUGAGAAGGCAGCAUCAAGAAGAUAUCGAGCUUCUCACCGCAUUCCAGGCUGCAGAAUACCGCCAAGAGGUCCUUAGCAGGUACAACUGCAUCGACGAUUCAAUAAUGGGAGUAGACGCGGAAGAUCCAGUCCAGGUUGAUUAUCUCGCCGCUCUCAAUGAGCUGUACAACGAUGCACGGCCUAUGAAACGUUUUCAACAUGAUAUGGACGACGCGUUAUCUCAGAUCCGCUACAGCUACCUCAAAUCCCUCCUCCCGCUCCUCGCUCAGCGACGUCAGUUGAAAUCGCGAGAAACACAUAUUAGGAGACAACGUGAUGCGCAGUUCCCGCAGAGUAUCGAAGAGUAUCACAAUAUCCCGGACCGCGACAUUCAGCUGCGAAUCGCGCGGUUCCUCCUGCGUUCUAAUUCUGAGAAAGAGAGGAUGAUGGAUGAUUAUGGAUGGGUGUGGCGAGCGGUAAAUCCGCUGAUCUCAGCGUUCAAGGCGAAUGAAGGGUUCAAGAACGAGAUAGUGGAGUCGGUCAAAGUCGGGCAAGCUUCGGAUUCUCGGCGUCGGUCAACAGCGACCCCUGGGUGGCAGCUGUAACUUGCAUAUCUUUGGACUAUCUUCGUAUCACGAUCAAGAUGAGAUUGCUCUAAACCUAUCUGUUUGAUUCGCCUAAUAAAAUUGGUCUUCUCGAUGGUCCGAGACAAGGGCACUACGCACAAAUGAAGAUAGAUGCGGUGACGGUUUUUU